AUGGAGAUUUCGCUGCAGAAGCAGCUUUUCGCAAAUGGUGAUAAGCUUUUCAAUUCUCCACAAAACCGACGAGUUUGGAUAGAAAAAUUCCAAGCAACAGAUUCUCUUCCCUCAUACUCAGUAAACCUUUGUCAUAAUCCUAUAAGUUGUCCAAUGUUGUCCAUGACCGCAACAAGAAAGAGCAAAAACCAUUUAAGAGUUUGUGCAAGGAGAAGAAGAGUACAUUCGGACUCGGAUACGUACGUACUGUUAGAGGCAGGACAAGACGAACAGUUCGUGUCAGAAGAUGAACUCAAGGCUAAGCUAAAAGGAUGGCUUGAGAAUUGGCCUGCGGAGUUUUUGCCACCGGACCUUGCUAGGUUCGAUGACCUCGACGAAGCCGUCGAUUUCUUGGUUAAAGCUGUAUGUGAACUCGAGAUUUAUGGGGAAGUAGGUACUGUUCAAUGGUAUCAAGUUCGUCUUGAGUAA